AUGAAACUACUAAGAUCUUUUGUACGACACUACCAAUGGACCAAUUCCAAGUAUAAAUCGCUAAUAACAAGCGGAUCCAGCGGAUUGAAGGAGUCGGCGGCAGCGGCCCUUUCUCUGGUGCCUCCCAAUGUGGCACUCAAUUCUCUACAACCGCUCCGAAACGAACCACUCUUAAAAUUGGUGACUUCCAAUUUCCCGCCAAUCCAGUUUGCCUUUGGAUAUGGCUCUGGUGUCCUUAAGCAAUCAGGGUAUUUGCCUGGCGAGGAGCAGCCCCAGAUCGACUUGAUGUUUGCAAUUGAAGAAGGAUCCGGUGGUUUGAACUGGCAUGCGGAAAACUUGCUCCGCAACGAUGGGCAUUAUUCUGGAUUAAAGUACUUUGGGGGUUCCAAAACAAUACUGUACGUUCAGAAAUUGGGUGCUGGCAUUUAUUUCAACCCAUUGAUCCCCGUAGAGCACGAUGGUGCGCGGCAGCUUAUAAAGUAUGGGGUUGUUUCAAAGGAAGACGCAUUGAGGGACUUGUGCGAAUGGUCGAACUUAUAUCUCGCAGGAAGACUCCAGAAACCGGUCAAUGUGAUCCUUGAUGAAGGAAAGGAAACCAACCCUUCAAUGACUUUGGCUACUGAGUACAACUUGCAGCUGGCGCUUCAUCUUGCGACUUUGUUGUUGCACUCAGAGGGAAGGGCUCUGUUUUCUACUAGUUCUUUGUUUGAAACAAUCACAUCAUUGUCAUACUUAGGAGAUUUCAGGAUGAUCAUUGGUGGUGAAAAUCCCAAUAAGAUCAAAAAUAUUGUUUCUAAGCAGAUAGAUCGGUUUGAAGGACUAUACGAACCGUACUUGGAAAGGUUGUAUGAAGGAAAAGUCAUCGAAAGAGUAGGUGACCAGAAGAGGAGUAUACGCUUACAAGAGCAAGACGUUCAUGAUGCUGUUGAGUCGUUGCCCUUGAAUUUCCGGACCCACUUUUACAAGUUCCACGACAAUAAUGAUAACUCAGGAUUUGCAGAUUCAACUGCAUUACGCAAAAGUCUACUUAAAACAGUUAAGACAAUCGUAAGAUAUCCAUCCAUUAUUCAAUUGAUGAAGGGGCUGCUUACAGCAGGAGUUACAAAGAGUGUGAAGUAUGCAUGGGAGAAGAAAAAGAAGAAUUUAAAAAGGUCUUGA